UGGCACAUCCAUCUCUCUCCUGGACUACUCACUAUAGACGAGAAGAGAACACACACCCACACUCACGCCAACAAUGAAACCAAUCUUUGCAUCCCUUUCUAAACCAUCCUUUUCCCUUCCCCCUCUUACUUCCCCCCGUCCGUUCCUUUUUUCUCUUCUCUCUCUUUUCUUUCUUCCCUCCUCCCUCUCUUCCCAUCACCACUCCUCCACCAUCAGUCUCUCCCUAUCUUCAGACUAUGUCACCUCGCUUGCUCUACUCCUGUCUCCAUCAGCUCCGUCAGACUUUUGCCUCGCCCUGAGUAAGGUCCUGCCGCGCCACUCUACACCGUCUUGGCCCCCGGUUCUUCCAAAGCCUCCGACGUGACCGACACACCACGCUCUCACGAUCGUCUUUUUAAAAUCACCAAAUCACUACUCUCCGACUGCGGUUUAACACUGCCUCGGUGCGCCUGACCACCGACUAGUCUACCACCAACCACCCCUGGGAAAUCAAUUUAUUCUUUUUUUUUCCCCCCCUUCCCUCCUCACUUGAAUCUACAUCCUUCCUCCCUCUUUUCUCUCCAAUUACCAUCAACAAUGCCGGCCUCCAGCUCUGCCACCCCGUCGUCCUCGAAUGGCCGCCGCCCCAGCCGGUCUGGGGGCUCCGCCAAAGGCACGGUCAUCCUGAAGCUGUCGCCCGACCUAUUGAGCCGGUUCGCUCCUCCUCCGGCCGAACCCAAGGACAAAAAGGGAAGCAAGAGCAGCGAGGCCCGUCCGGAGUCUCCUGUCAAGGAACAGCCGUCGUCUCCGGCGUCCUCCGCGGCCGAGAUGCCCCUGCCACCGUCUUCCGUCGACAAUGCCUCCGACGCCGCGUCGACGCCCGCC